AAAGCAGGCACACGAAUGGAGGAAGAAGAGAAAAACCCUAGUUCGAUCGACAUAGUUUCAGAUCUACUGGAGGAUAUAUUCCUUCGACUUCCCUUGAAAUCCAUUCUAAUUUCGAAAAGCGUCUCAAAACGAUGGAGAUCAAUUCUUGAAUCGAAGACGUUCGUGGAGAGACGAAUGAGUCUUCAAAAGAAGCGCAAAAUCCUGGCUGCUUACAACUGCAAAUGCGGCUGGGAGCCUAGGCUCCUCCCCGGGUCGUCGCGGUGCAAAGGGAAUGAAGAGAUGGUCUAUCUGCACUACAACGCCGCACGACCCUCGUUGAGUUGCGACGGUUUGGUCUGCAUUCUCGAACCACAUUGGAUCGACGUUUUGAACCCCUGGACAAGGCAACUCCGGCGAUACGGAUACGGAUUUGGACCCAUAAUCGGAGUAUGGUCGGCUUUCUCUCCGGGAAAUUGGGCAAUGGGAUUUGGUAAAGACAAAGUUACCGGAAGCUAUAAAGUAGUGAAGAUGUGUUUAUUAUCUUUCAGUCAAAUUAGGGUACGUGAUCCUGAGGUGGAAUAUAGUGUUCUUGAUGUUGAAACUGGUGAAUGGCGGAUGUUGAGUCCACCUCCUUGUAAGGUCUCUGCCGUAAAAAGAUCUGUGUGUGUGAAUGGAUCGAUUUACUGGUUACAAAACAUUAUUGAUAGGGUUUGCAAAAUACUAGCCUUGGAUCUUAACAAAGAAGAGUUCCAUAAUGUCUCUGUUCCGGCUAUGAGUGCCACACAAGAAACCCAUAUAGUGAACCUUGAAGACCGCCUGGCCAUAGCCAAUACCGAUACUAAGGCUGAAUGGAAACUAGAGAUUGGAUUUUGGAGCAUGGAUGCAGAAGUAAAAACAUGGACCAAGACUUACUCUAUAAGUUUAGAGAAUAGAGUUGCUUCCCGGGAAAGGCAGAACAGGUGGUUCACACCGGUGUCUGUUUCUAAGCAAGGAAAUAUUGUCUUCUAUGAUAAUCACAAGAGACUCUUCAAGUAUUAUCCACGGAAAACUGAGAUUCUCUAUCUCUCCGCAGACACUUGUGUUAUAUCUCCUUUCUUUGAAAAUUUAGCACCACUUCCUCUGAAACCAACUCUUCUGUAUCCUAUCCGCGCUGGAGAUCCAAAUGCCCCCUGUUUUCGAGACCAAAUGUAUUUAGGAUCGUAGAUAUUAUCUUAACCACUCUAGUAGUAGUAGGUUCUAUUUGGUCACCACUCUUAUUUAGUGUCAGACAAUAGUUU